CAGCCGACGCCGCAGCGUCCCGCGCCCGCCGCCGCUGCACCCGGGGAGGACACGGACCCCCACCCCCCUCGACCAGAGCCAUGUCUGCUCCCGCCCAGCCACCCACCCCUGGGGGUCCAGAGGGGGCUGCCCCCGGCGGGGGGCCCCCCGGCCCACCCCCCAACACGACCAGUAACCGGAGGCUGCAGCAAACGCAGGCCCAGGUGGAGGAGGUGGUGGACAUCAUGCGUGUGAAUGUGGACAAAGUCCUGGAGCGAGACCAGAAGCUGUCGGAGCUUGACGACCGGGCAGACGCGCUGCAGGCCGGGGCCUCACAGUUCGAGAGCAGCGCUGCCAAGCUCAAGAGAAAGUACUGGUGGAAAAACUGCAAGAUGAUGAUCAUGCUGGGAGCCAUCUGUGCCAUCAUCGUGGUCAUUAUUGUAAUCUACUUUUUUACUUGAGAAUGUGCCCGCCUCUUCUCUCCCCUCCCCCUCCCACCUCCCCUUGCCUCCAUCCAUCUCAGUUCCUUCCCCCCAACCGCCCCAGGCUGCUUGUCCAUUGGUUCCUCCUUUUACCUUGGUUCAGCCUCUCACCAUCCUCCCCUCUACCCCCACCUCCACUAAGCCACUGCUGCACCUCGCCGCUGCCCCUCUCCACUGCCGGCCUGGGGAAGGAGCUGGGCUGUGCUAAGGGGACGGGGCAGCGGGUGGAGCCUCGUGGGGAGGGGGACACCCUGAGCACCAGCGAUGGCGGCGCUGGGGGAGAGGCAGGGCGCUCUACCCAGUCCUGUCCAUCUGUCCGUCCGUCCCCACUUCCCCCCCUGACCUCACUGGAGCCCACAGGGCAGCGGAGGCCCCUUAGCAGAACUGGUCCGGGGACGGCGGCCAACACAGCCUCUCCAGCUCCUCGGCCCGGAGCCGGGGAUGGGGACGACGGACUGAGGGGGAAGGAAGGAAGGAAGGGAGUAAAGUGGGCUGGGGCCUGCUCCGGACUUACUGGGCCUCCUGAAGCCCCUCUGCCCUCACAGAGUGGGAGGCAUGUGGCAGGGGGCCCGGGGCCCACCCAGAACGCUCUCCGUUGUGGGUGCUGUGCUGCAAGGUAACGCUGCCCUUCUGGGCAGAGCCCCUCCUCUCCUCCCUCAUGCCCCAACCCCCUUCCCUCUGCUCGUGCCCCCUCCUCGCAACCUUUCCUGGCCCUCACCCGUGUCUGUGGUUCGUGGGGUUGAGCGCUGCCAGCCCGGGCCUCCGCUCGGAGGGACCUCGGCUAAGCCUGGGGGGCUGUCUGCAUGUGCACUUUCCAUGCCCCACCAUUUCAUUUUGCUGAAGCAUUUUCCUCCCCAAGCCUUUCCCCCUACCUCCACCCUUCCCUCGAUCUGGGCGCGGCUGAAGAGCGGGAAGGAGCAGCUGCCCACCAGCCCCCAUCACUGAAACAGCGCUGUCUUCACCGCCACCCCCCUCGCCCCCAUGCCACGGCCCCUCUGUUGGGGCUCAGUCCCGGGGCACGCGGGCUAUGAGCCCCGCCCCUGGGAUGACCAGCGGUGGUGGGACCGGCCUCUGUUCUGUCUACUGUCACUUUCUCCCCCCACACCCCAAGUCCUGCGGGGGCUGAAAGCGGCUCCCCAAGGAUUAGGCCUCAUGCACAGCCCCCGCCACCCCCAACAAACCUCCGUCACAAGCUGCUGGGCGAAGGUCCCGUCUGUCGUCUCUGCCCCCCUCCUCGUCCGUCUCCUCUCCUCAAUCUCAUCCUUGUACAAAGUAGUUACAGUUGUGAUCCCACCAAGGCAUGUAGCAGACUGACCACUUUCGUGUAUUCUGAAUAAAGAAAGAAAACUCCCA